AUGGCUGACGAAACAGGAAGGAUUCCCUCAAGCGGAGCCGAAUCUCUACAGAAUCAAGUCCAGCAACGGCAGCAACAACAGGUGGAGCAGCAGCGCGAUCAGCUGGCGUCAGGUGCUGCGAUGAUGGCUGACGUGGCAGCUGGUGACGAUGGCGACGGGAGCGACGGCGAGGGCUCAGGAGGCGAGGAUGCGCACGCGGGAGUGAUGUUUCCGCGAGCCAACACCAACGCCAAGGGACAAUGGACGCCGGAGGAGGACGAGCUGCUGCGGAAACUGGUGGAGAAGGACGGAGCCCAGCGGUGGUCCGCCAUUGCGGCGCACCUCAAGGGGCGCGCGGGGAAGCAGUGCCGCGAGCGGUGGCACAACCACCUGAAGCACGGCAUCAAGAAGGACGCGUGGACGGAGGAGGAGGAGGCGAAGCUGGUGGAGGCGCACAGGAAGCUGGGGAACCGGUGGGCGGAAAUUGCCAAGCUGCUGCCGGGGCGGACGGACAACAGCGUGAAGAACCACUGGAACUCCACCAUCCGCCGCAAGGAGGAAUCGUCUCGCAGCAAGGCAGUGCAGCGCCCCACACUGCUCCUGAGGUACAUCCAGUCGCUCAAGACCCAGGGGGGGCUGGGGGGCGCAGGAGGCAGCUCUGGCGCGGGGGGCAGUAUAGGCGGAGGCGGAGGUGGUAUGGGGGGAUUUGGGGGGAGCAGCUUCUCCAGCGGAGGCCUUGGCGGAUUCAGCACGGGGAUGGGCAUGGGGGGAGGCAUGGGCGGAGGCAUGGGCGGAAGCAUGGGCGGAGGCAUGCGGGGGCCCAUGGGCAUGGACAUGGGAAUGAGCAUGGGCAUGGGCAUGGGCGCAGGGGCAGGGGGAGGAGGGGGGAUGGGGAUCAGCCUGGGGGAGCUGAUGCAGGGGCUCGUGAAGGGGGAACCCGCGUCCCCCUCCGCCUCUGCAGGCCUGGGUGGGUUAGCCUUCCGCGUGGGUCAAGGAGCGCCUUUUAGAACCGCCGUGCCCCGCUCUGUCUCCCAGCCAAACAGCCACGCAGCAUCAGCAGGAGGGGGAGGGGGGGGGGGGGGGGAGGGGGGAGGGGGAGGAGGAGGCGGAGCAGCAGUCUUCCCUGGGGCAUUCAGCUCAGCGCAAAGCGCAGCAGGAGCAGGCAGAGCAGCAGGGGCAGCAGGAGGAGCAGCAGCGGGAGCAGGGGCGGCAGCCGCUUUUCCCCGCAACCCCUCAUGGCCUCCUGCAGGAAGCUCUGUCUCCGAUGGGGGGAGCUCCGGCGGUGAGGGAGAGGGGCACGAGCAGAAAGCAGGGGUGCGGCAGUUGGGAGGAGGCGGCUUCACCACUGGUGCAGCAGCAGGGGGAAUGGGGGGGAUGAGGGCAGGGGGAAUGGGGUCCGAGGGAAUGGGCGCGGGGGAGAUGGGGCCAGGGGGAAUGGGGGCGGCUGGGUUCAUGCGCUCAUCCUCUCUUUCCAGGGCAGAGUCCCGGGCGCGCCAGCACAGCCGUGGAUCGUUUCUCGGCGCGCGAUCCGGGCUGUUGGAUGCGGCCCGGGGCGGCGAUCGACGGUCGGAGUUGGACCGGGCAGCAGCAGAGUUCCAGAAGGAGAUUGCCAGGGCGUUGCUGGCGCCUGGUAUGGGGCGGGCCUUAUCCAUGCCUCUAGGGUAUGCCAACACGGCAAAUGCCCAAGCCGCCGCUGCCGCCAAUGCUGCUGCUGCUGCUGCCAAUUCUGCUGCUAAUGCUGGGACUGGUGGUGCUGCUGCUGGAGCCAGUGGUGGUGCUGGUGCUGCUCCUCCUGGUCUGUCUCUCUCCUUCCGCACUCCCGCCAACCCCGCCCAGUCCUCCUCCUCUGCAGGCUCCCCCUCCAGUCACCCCUUUUAUUCCCGCUCGCGCUUUGCUAAAAGUUCGUCUGUGCCGGGGAGAGUUUCCGCCUCUGGGUCAGAGGAUGGGGGCCGGGGGGGAUGGGGUCGGAGGGGAGGGGACAUGGGCGCAGCAGGGGGAGUAGGGGGAGCAGGGGGAGCGGGGAGAGCAGGGGGAGCAGGGGGGGCAGCAGGGGGAACAGCAGGGGGGGCGGGAGCAGGUGGGGGAGCAGCAGGAUCUGAGGUGCUGGCGCUGCUGCAACUGGUUCUAGAUCCAUCUCUUGCUGCUACCGUUGCUGCUGCUGCUGGCCCCGUGGGGGGUGAAGGAAGAGGAGGAGGAGGUGCAGGAGGAGCAGGAGGGGGAGCAGGAGGGGGAAGAGGGGGAGGAGCGGGCGGAGGAGGAGAAGGAGGAGGGGGAGGGGUUACGUCUGCGUUGGAUCAGGUUGCGAGUGUUCUGACUGCCGACCAGCUCGCCCUGCUGCUCAAGGUGAGUGAGGCGUAUGAGAUGGGCGACUGGGGCGCAUAG